UUCGUACACUGGCAAACGCGUUCUUACUACGGCGUAUGCAUGAACAUGGCGUUUAUAUCGUUGAUGUUGAUGGUACUAUGUUUGGUAGUUGUGUCUGAAACAACGGAGCCCUUAUGUUCUCCUUUCAACUACGAGGAGAAAUUGUUAGAAAAGAUGGUGCGGAAUGAAUUCAAAAUGGAGCAGGCGUUGAAGCGUAUUGAUGAUUUUGAAGGGCUACUUCUCAGACAGAACCGCACAAUUCAAGGCACAAUUGGUACUUUAAAAGAAAUUGAAGCAAGACUUGAUUCCAAACUGUCCAUGACCUCAAAUGGGGCAUCCUAUAUUCGGUGGGGUCGAUCAUCGUGUCCUCAUUCGAACAACAGUCUCGUGUACAAUGGAAUUGCUGCGGGCACUCAUUAUUCUAUCAGCGGAGGGGCAGCAGAUUAUCAGUGUCUUCCUGCAGAGCCUGAACUGGAGACUGUUGUCACAAGAGCCGACUAUAUAAGCAACAUAGUCGGGUCCGAAUAUCAGACUCACGGAGCAACAGCUUUAUCUUCAUUGGCAGACCAUGAAGUACCCUGCGCUGUUUGUUUCACAAACGCUACAACAACCAUUAUGAUUCCAGCAAAGAAAACGUGUUACAGUGGAUGGAAACUGGAGUACCGCGGUUUUCUGAUGACUGAGCGCGACACUCAUGCUAACAACAAGCAAUAUGUAUGUGUUGACAAGGAUGCUGAAGCAGCCCAAAGAAGUAAUGUUGUAAACACAGAUGGGGCGCUGUUCCACUUUGUAUUCCCGACGUGUGGAAAAUUGAAAUGUCCUCCUUACAACAGCGCAUCUGCACUUGCAUGCGUUGUUUGUUCCAAAAUGUAAGGCAAUAAUGAUUACAAAAAUGAUAACAUGUAACAAGUGAUAUGUGACAGCAUGAAAUUCUGACUUAUUACUUGUACAUUUUACAAACACUUAUCUUGCUUGGCUCGUGUGUUGGAACAGAAAAAAAACGUUUGUGAAAGUAAAUUACUAUGAGCUGAACACAAUACCUUAUAUUCAUUUGCGCUUAAAUAUUCAAUGAAAUAUGUUGCAUAUGAGCGAACGAAUUAAAAUUAUGUAUGUUAGCAUAUAUUUCAACCAAAAGCACGAAACUUCAACUUUUAAAAUUAAAUUACGAAUCUGUUAAUAAGCCUGUUCAUUUGUUGUCGUUAAGAUUGUCUUAUUUAUCCUAUAUGUAUGUUUUAACACGCUUUACACGCGGUAAUCCGUUAUAAGCUUAUACAAUGCAAUACUGGUAUAUAUGCAAUGCUCUAUUCAUUUUUGAAUAACACUAUUUUAUGCGUAUUAUUCAUAUUAAUGCAAAUGUUAUGGACUUGAAGAACCCGUUGUUGACAACUUGUCAUAUCGUAAUCACUUGAAUUGAUCACCUUCUGCAAGAGGUUUUGAAAGUUAUAAUGUAAUUUACAUGAAAUAUAAAUCAUCCGCGCGAGUCGGUAAUUUGCAAACAAAUAAGGCGUAUUUUGAUGAAUUACUAUUA